UCAGACAGGCGGCGUGUUGUGCUUGACUAUCUCCCAGCCAGUCCCACCUCCGACUUGUUGUACUGCAGCCGUUCUCCUUUCUCCUGUCCCACUGUAAACAUGGGAACGACUUGUCGGUCUUGUUGGGGGAAAAGGAUGCUUCAAGAAGUAAAGAGAACAAAAUCCAGUUUCAUACAUCGUCUCGUGUGAACACAAAUAGGCAAGGUGCUUGGGCGAAGCGAUGCCCAGUACUGUGAUGUGCAGGGCCAGCAGAGUGGAGAUGUUGUCAAGCGAGGAGGGAAACAGGCCAGCACUGACGGGAGAAACUCAAAGCAGAAGGGAAGGUCAUCAGCGAUGGAGUUGAAGAAGCUGCUGAACGAAGAGGAAGAAAUCUACAAGAAAUAACCAGAGAUGAGGAUUUCAUGGAUAGAGACCUUUGGAGAAGAUUCGUAGAGGCCGGACACUGACAGGCAUUGCCUACCUUGCGUCUGGACAGACAACCCGUGAUUAAAAGAUGCCUGAGGACUCCUUAAAACUGGUCGUGAUGAGAAGGCCUUUCAGAACACCGGACAGGGACACGUUUGCAAGACGCACCUUAACGAAGAUGCCUCACUGAUUGGCGCCAUUCAGCCACUGACUGCAGUGAUGGUGGUGGUGGUGGUGGUGGUGGUGAUGGUUGGGUCUGUUUCCACGUGGCCCAUCGCAGCCCCGGACAAAGAUGGAGUGACAGCAUCUGAAGUUGUCUUUCUGAAUGAGUGUGGCGCCUCCGUGACGAAAACCCUGAACCCCACGGAACCUCUGCAAGUACUGUUCAAUGUGUCCAGUUCGCUGCCAGCAGAAUGCCACAUCUCACUCCGCGUGUCAGUGAAGGACAGAGGCCUCGCCAAAUAUGGUCUUCGUGUAUUUGGUCAUCUCCAAGUCAGCAACGACGACUGCUACUCCUCCUCACUUCUUGUGCAUGAUAAUGAUGACGACACUGACCAAGCCGCCGUCUCCAAGACGUUCUGUAACACUGGCCCCAUUGAGUUCCGGACAGUGGAGGACGUGAUCUUGUUCAGCUACGCUCAGAGGGAGGGUGGCGGGGCGUGGCAGGGCGCGGCCAUCACCGUGGUACCCGAGCUAGUGUGUGGCGGAGUGCUCACCAAGGACACCACCAUUGUCAUAAACCACUACGACUUCAGAGCGCCAUAUGUGUGCAACUGGGAACUCCUGCCAGGUGAGGGACAGAUGACCAGACUCUCCUUCGAAGAAUUCAGUCUCACAGUUCGUAAGAAGAAGAAAUGCACUUCCGAGUGUCUCUUAUUCAUCCCAGGAAAGGACAUGACGCAUUACUGUGGCACGGAGCUACUGGGGAAAAACCGAAUAUCUACCAGGGAAGGAGUUGAUGUCUCUUCGUGUGACUCGCGGAGCAACCCAAUUCAAAUGCAGGGUGGAAUUCGUCCCAGAGACAAGAAAUGUGGCCCAUCUUCCCCGUGGCGUCCCACUAAUAACCCUCACGUAACUACAAGUACAACUGCUGCUGCUGCCACUACUGCUAUUUCUACUGCUGCCACUACAGAAGAAUUAACACCAUUAUGCACAACGUUGAUGGAGAUGGUGUGGCACAGUUACAUUAUGCGUGAAAGUGGAGUGUUACAUACAGUUGAGUCAUAUGUAGGUGGAAUUAAAAUACGCGUUACAUCUUCGUUUGUAUACUCAGGAAAUCAUUAAAAUCAAUAGGCAUCUCUGUUUUCUUCUUUCUUUAUUUAUUUAUUUUUAUUUAUUUUUUUCUAUAGCAGAGUGUGUUAAUUUCUUAAGAUUAAUUGGCUUAAUUAACUGUGGGCGCCGUAAUAAAGAGGUCACGUGGCGUGAUACAAUCUGCAUGGCACUGUCAAAAAUAUCGUGAAAAGUAAAAUAUCGUGGAAAAUAAAUCGGUGCACUUUGAAAAUUCAUUUGCAUCCCGA